UCUUGGGCCCCUUGGGCUAAAUCACAACUCCUGACUUCCCACCCAUGACCUCCCACCCCCAAAACGACGGCGCUCCUCCGCCCCUCGACCGCCGCCCGCCGCCGCCGGUCCUCCUCCUCCGGCAUCCUACUCAGUUCUCCGUCCUCGACCGCCCCCUCCCCGAUACCUUCCGCUUCCUCAAGCCCUGGAAGUCGCCGCUUCCCCUCGGCGACUUCCUCUCCUCCGCCGACGCCCGCGCCGCCGAGGCGAUCCUCACCUCCGGCAUGACGCCGGUCACCGCCGAGAUGCUCCGGCGGCUCCCGGGGGUCCGCCUCGUCGUCACCACCAGCGCGGGCCUCGAGCACAUCGACGUGGCGGAGUGCCGGCGGCGCGGGAUCGCGGUCGCCGACGCGGGGGACGCGUACUCGGAGGACGUGGCGGAUUUGGCGGUCGGGCUGCUGAUCGACGUGCUGAGGAAGGUCUCGGCCAGCGACCGGUACGUGAGGCGGGGGUCGUGGAGCGGCGAGGGAGAAUUCGCACUCGGUUCGAAGCUGGGAGGCAAGAGAGUUGGAAUUGUUGGAUUGGGAAGGACUGGCUUAAAAGUUGCUAAAAGGCUUGAGGCCUUUGGAUGUGCUGUUUCAUAUAACUCGAGGAAGGCAAAGCCAUACGUUUCGUACCCUUUCCAUUCCAAUGUCUGUGAGCUCGCCACUAACUGCGAUGCCCUAGUAAUCUGUUGUGGCCUGAACGAGGAAACCCAUCACAUGAUCACUAGGGAAGUACUAUUGGCUUUGGGGAAGGAAGGUGUGGUUGUUAACAUUGGGCGUGGAUCAAUUAUUGAUGAAAAGGAAAUGGUGCAACUUCUAGUCCAAGGAGAGCUUGGAGGUGCUGGCUUAGACGUGUUUGAGAAUGAGCCCAAUGUUCCUGAAGAGCUCCUUGCUCUUGAUAAUGUCGUGUUAUCCCCACAUAGAGCUGUUUUUACCCAGGAAUCCCUUUCGGAUUUAUGUGAUCUGGUCAUUGGGAACCUGGAAGCUUUCUUUUCAAAUAAGCCCUUGCUUUCCCCUGUGUUAGAUGAGUGAACCAGCUGUCCACCAUCCCAUUUACAGUUCAAGUCCUGAGGGACGGGCCCGGUGAGUCUUUUUAUGAGAAUCCUAGAAUUUGAUCCAUGGUUUGGUUUCCACUGACGGACUGUAGAGUGCAAAAUGGUCGCUGGGUUUUAGCAAUAGUUAUUAUUCAUAUAUUCAUGAUGCCACAAAGAUUGGAAGGGGAAGAAACAAAGAAGGCUUCUCAGGCAUCUCUUUGGAGAUUCUUUUUCUAAUCCUUAGCGGGCUUUGAUUGAUUGCAAAGCCUUAUCAUGCAAUGCUUAUACCGCGUGGCAUGAUAAGGCGAUAUCUCCCCAAACCUAUCCGGAGUUCUUGUUUUUCAAGACACCGUGCAUCAGCUCAUACAAACAUCACCUGGUACACUUCCUUGCGUGUUUGGAUGGUUGCUCCGGGCAGUUGCUCCGGCCCUACAAGCUGCAUAUCAUCGGUCUCGGCUUCAGAUGAUUGAUGCUUUGGUUGGAGACAGAGCAGAGCCCAACUUCAGCUUUUGCUACUAGCAGAUUGUGGAAAUUCAGGAGUCACGGUAAGUUUGGUGAACUGGGAAAAUGGGGUAAACAAGAAAUGAUUGUUCUUGCUACUUUUUAUUCAUCAAUCACCAGAUCACUUCAUAGAACGAACAUAUUCUGACUUUGCAUUUUCCUCUGGGCCCAGAGAAUUAAAAGGCUUUCCGGGCGUCUCUUCCUAAGAGGAGAGAGCUUUUGCGGAUUAGGAGAGUCGCACAGUAUCUGCGCUUUUUGUAGUUGCAAUGCUCGUUGCAGCUUUGAUGGGGCCUAACGGGGAAAUCUUAUUCAGGAAAUUUUUUUGUCC